AUGGAUCAUAUUGUUGUUGCUACCUAUGUUGAAGAAUGUAAUCAAGCUGUAUUUUCAGAUAUUAAAGCAGGAACAUGGGAUUGGAUUGAUUGUCAUUCACAAAUUUGCAAAUAUUCUGUUGAUUUUCGCAAAUGUGAAGAUAGAAAUUAUAAAUAUAAUAAGCUUCCUAGUUUCGAUGAGCAUUGUCCAAGUAUUUCACCAGAGAUAAAGUCCACAAAUCAUACAGAAAAAGUGCAAAAUAAUAAUGAAAGACAAAUAAGAGAUAGUAGUAAACGUGAAAAAGGUGGAAUGAAGAAUCCACAACUUUGGAAACAAGAUCAUCUUACAUUUCAAGUUAAUCUUCGUGAAACUCGCAAAAGUGAACAGAAUUCUAAAGCAGUGGAUGCCAGAUUUCAUCCUGAACAACCGCAUGUGGGAGAUACAGUUGCUUUCAUGAUCGAGGAGUAUAAGAAAAGCAUUGCUCCUAUGGAGCACCUUUUGGGGCUAGCUGUUGAUGUAACACCUGAAGAUGACUUUGCAUCUAAUGACAUAAAUACCAAGUCGUCUGAGAAAGAAAACACCAACGAUGAAUUUGAUUUUACAACUAGUUCAACAACUGAGACAAAUCAUAUGACCAUAAUUUUCAUGACAGGAAACUUACUUCCUAUCACUGAAAAUACCGAUGAGAAAAAUUCUGUAGUCAUGCUAUUUGUAGUGAAAAGAAUUGAUAAAAUCAAGUAUAUCACAACAUAUACUGCGAAUUCUAUUGUAGAAUUAUCUAAUAAUCAAAUUCAAACUAUUAUAAAUUACUUUACUGAAAAAACCAAUAUAGAAUUCUCUGAUGACUCAGAAGAUCAUAAUGAAGAUAAUUCUUCCAAUUUGGAUACCAACCAGAUUAAUGUAUCAGAAGUGCAAACGAAUAUUUUAGUCCCAGCUGUUGAAUAUAACAAGCCAAGUGAUGAUAAAUAUGACGAAAACGCUUUUACAGAGAGUAUCAGAAAGAGUUACUUUGCUGAAUGUAAAGAUGAGACUGAAAAGAUGCAUGAAAAAGAAAGAACGAAUAAAAUGUUAGAAAGCUUUUCGAACUCUGACUCUGACUCUGAUUACGAUAAGCAGAUUUAA